AUGAUGCAAAAUCCUUUGCGGCGCUCGUCAAGACAGUCUGCCGAUCACGAUCCACGGGAACAUCCCGCGGACUCAGCAUUUCAGUACCCUGGUAUCGGGGCACUUCCGGUCGGGCCGGACUUUCCCCGCUUUCCGAACGCGCCAAGUCAAUUGACGCAAAAUCCUUUGCAACGCUCAUUGCCCAUUCGUCCACCGGUUCACACGCUCACACAGGUGCAAAUCGCUGCGCGGCAGGUUCUGGGAAAGGAGCUUCCUACUUUGAGGGAAUCCAGAAGACUGGCCUAUCUUCAUCAGCAACUUCGAACAGUCCACAGCAACCUGUGGAUACUCAGAAGCGGAGAAUCUAGUCCGUCUUCAACGAUGUUUGAAGGGGCACGCGCUGGAGCCAGAGCUGCUUAUCCGUACUCUGAUGACGAAGAUCCGCCAGGUUCCAGCUCCUACGCACGAUCGAAUGGAAAAACUGAUCCAAUUCGGUCUCUCGGUGCAAAAUCUGGUCGACCAUAUCAAAGCAGCAAACCAGCUGAACCAUCUUUCGAAUCCGGCGUUGAUGCAGGAGCUUGUAGAGAAACUGCCUGGUUCGAUGCGACUCGACUGGGCAAUCUACAAGAACAAAACCAGCCGGCGACCCUCGAAACAUUCGGGGACUUCAUGGCCGGGCUGGUAACGGCGGCGAGUGAGGUGUCUUUCGAGCUCCCAGGAGAAAGUGCAACAGCAAGAAAUGACAAGCGAAAGUCCAGGGAAACCGGGAACGUCUACGCACAUUCCGGUGAACGAAUCCCCCUUUCCGCGUCCGGUGGAUCAGCUACCCCUGGAGCAACCGGCGGGCUAAAUUCUCCAGUCAACACGAAGGCUAGCAAGCCAUGCGCAGCGUGCGGUCGGAGCGGCCAUCGGGUGGCAGAAUGUCAUCAGUUCAAGGGUGCGACUUUGGACGAACGCUGGAAACUUGUUCAGCUGAAGGGUUUAUGUCGGACGUGCCUGAAUAACCACGGCAAAUGGCCGUGCCGUUCCUGGAAUGGAUGCGGCGUCGAAGCUUGUAGGCAAAAGCACAACACCCUCCUACACACCUCCUCUCCCCCCUCGGGAAACGUAGGAAUGUCAGCGAGUCACGUGUUGUCGGACGAUUUAAAAUGGCCACUCUUUCGCAUCGUGCCCGUCGUUCUUUUCAGCGACAGAUCCUCCCAACCAAUAUUCGCCUUCAUCGAUGAGGGCUCUUCCUACACUCUGCUGGAGGAAUCAGUCGCGAAGCAGCUAGGAGUUAGAGGUCAGCUAGAGCCACUAACACUCCAAUGGACCGGCAACGUACAGCGGAAAGAGGCGAAAUCACACCGUGUCCAGGUCGAAAUCGCCGGAAAGGGUUCCGCCAAUCGGCACAAGCUGGUGGAUGCUCGUACGGACUACGAACUCGUCCAACCUAAGUUGCUGAUAGGGCUAGACAAUCUCAGACUGUGCGUCCCGCUGAAGCUGCGAGAAGGAGGACCGAAGGAUCCGAUCGGGGCGAAAUGUAGACUUGGGUGGAGCAUCUAUGGCUGCAUACCCGGUCAGCCGCCGCAAACGGCAAUCGUUAGCUUUCAUGUCGGGGCGGCAUCUGAUCCGGAUCGAGAGUUGAACGAGCAGCUACGUGACUACUUCACCUUGGAGACUGCAGGCGUUUCGGGUCCUCGUGAGAUUCCGGAGUCGGAAGAAGAUAAGCGUGCUAGACAGCUGCUGGUGGACACAACGCGCCGCGUUCCCUCUGGAUCGGGGUACGAAACCGGAUUGCUUUGGAGAGCGGACGAUCACAGUUUUCCCGAUAGCUACCCCAUGGCUGUACGUCGGUUGGAGGCGCUAGAGCGAAAGCUGCAGCAGAAUCCAGAAUUGGAACGACGAGUGCGAGAGCAGAUCGUGGAAUACGAGCGUAAGGGAUACGCCCACAAAGCAAGCCUGGCUGAACUGACGUCCGUAGCAGCUGAACAAGUCUGGUAUCUCCCGUUGGGCGUCGUUACGAAUCCCAGAAAACCCGGCAAGGUGCGGCUAAUCUGGGAUGCAGCAGCCAAAAAGAACAACGUUUCCUUCAACUCCAAGCUGCUCAAGGGCCCGGACCUACUGUCCCGCUUCCGCAAGUUCUCCAUUCGAGCACCCGACUGCCAGUCGCAACGGUUUCUGUUCCGCGACAACCCGUCGGAUCCACCUAGGGUGUAUGUGAUGGACGUCGCCACGUUUGGUUCGACCUGUUCUCCAACCUCUGCACAGUAUGUCAAAAACCUCAACGCGGAAGAGUGUUCAUGCGAAUAUCCGCGGGCUGCCGCGGCUAUCAAAAACAAGCACUACGUGGAUGACUACCUGGACAGCUUCGAGACAGUCCAGGAGGCGAUCGAGGUCGUCAACGAGGUUAAGUUGGUCCACUCUCUGGCUAGUUUCACGCUGCGUCACUUCUUGUCCAACGAAGCAGGUGUUCUCGAGGGAAUCGGUGCGACAUGCGAAAUUGAGCCGAAGAACCUGGACCUAGAACGUGGAGAAAAGCUGGAAUCGGUGCUCGGCAUGAAGUGGAUUCCAUCCGACGAUGUCUUCGUGUACACGUUCGGCCUGAGGGAAGAUCUACAGUCCAUACUCGCCGAAGGUCACAUUCCGACAAAGAGGGAAAUCGCCAGGAUUGUGAUGAGCUUGUUCGACCCUCUCGGGUUCAUCGCCUUCUUCCUCGUACACGGUAAAAUUCUGUUACAAGACAUUUGGGCGAAAGGAACGGAGUGGGAUCAACAGAUACCGGAGGACAUAUAUGAGCGGUGGCAGCAGUGGUCAAAUCUCUUCGGACGACUGAGUGAGCUUCGAAUUCCUCGGUGCUAUUUCCGCUCGCCCUUUCCUGCAAGUCUCGACGGUCUUCAAGUACAUCUAUUCGUCGACGCCAGCGAGUCAGCAUUCGCCUGCGCAGUGCACUUUCGCCUGGAGACAGACAGUGGUAUACAAGUGGCGCUCGUCGGCGCUAAGACCAAAAGUAGCUCCGCUAAAACGCUAUCUAUCCCUAGACUCGAGCUGAAAGCAGCCGUCCUCGGCGUUCGACUGUUAGAGACCAUCCAGAACCAGCACAGUUUCACGAUCAGCCGUCGCUUCUGCUGGAGCGAUUCGGGUACGGUACUUGCGUGGAUUCGCUCCCAUGAUCACAGGCGCUUUCACAAGUUUGUCGCCGUCCGCGUCGGUGAAAUCCUGACUUCCACAGAGCAACGUGAGUGGAGGUGGGUGCCUACGAAGCUCAACGUCGCCGAUCUAGCUACCAAGUGGGGAUCUAGUCCGCAGUUAACCAUGGACAGCCCUUGGUUCCAGGGGCCAACCUUCCUUAAAGACCCUGAAGAGGACUGGCCGCAACAACGAACGAUCACUUCAACUGACGAAGAGCUACGACCUGCAAACUUUCUCUCUGCACAUUUCAAUCCGAUUGUGGAUUUAGCUCGGUUUAGCAGUUGGACCAAAUUACACCGUGCAACAGCCUACGUGCUGCGUUUCGUCGACAACAUUCGCAGAAAGAAGCAAGGACUUGCGUUGGAGCUUGGCGUUCUCAACAGUGACAAACUACGGCGAGCAGAAGAAAUGCUGUGGAAGCUCGCCCAAGUCGAGGCCUACCCUGAUGAAGUCGCCGUUCUCGCUACAUCUCAAUGUCCGCCGGAUCGCCGUCACGUCGUGGUGAAGAAGUCCAGCAAUAUCUACUCGAAAUGGCCUUUCAUUGACGAGAGAGGAAUUCUGCGGAGUCGUGGUCGAAUCGAAGCUGCCCCCUACGUAGCGAUGGAAGCGAAGUUUCCUGUAAUUCUCCCCAAGCAGCAUGCGAUCACUUUCUUCAUCGUUGACUGGUUCCACCGCCAUUUCCGUCACGCCAACCGAGAGACGGUUGUUAAUGAGAUUCGCCAGCGCUUCGAUAUCCCGAUGCUAAGAAGAUUGGUGGAUAAGGUAGCUGGUAACUGCGUAGUGUGCCGCAUCGCAAAGUCGGCUCCAAAACCACCCGCGAUGGCUCCGCUUCCCGAAAUGCGUCUGGCAGCGUUCAAUCAACCGUUCACGUUCACCGGGUUGGACUAUUUCGGCCCAGUGCUCGUCAAGAUAGGCCGAAGCAACGUCAAGCGGUGGGUGGCCCUAUUCACCUGCCUGACUACCAGAGCAAUCCAUCUGGAGCUGGUACACUCCUUGAGCACGGAGUCAUGUAUCAUGGCUGUUCAACGCUUCGUUUCCCGCCGCGGACUUCCAAGAGAAUUCUGGACAGACAAUGCCACAUGUUUCAAGGGAACCAGCAACGAGUUGAACAAGCUUACCGAAGAAACGAAGAAAGCCCUGACCGAGAAGUUCACCACAGCGCAGACAACCUGGAAGUUCAUCCCACCCGCUACUCCGCACAUGGGUGGAGCGUGGGAGAGACUUGUGCGUUCAGUUAAGGUGGCGAUCGGGGCAAUAAUAGAUGGACCACGCAGACCGAACGACGAAACGUUGGAAACGAUUCUGCUCGAGGCGGAGGCAAUGAUCAAUUCUAGACCUCUGACCUACGUUCCGCUUGAGUCUGCAGAUCAAGAGGCCCUGACGCCCAACCACUUUUUGUUGGGCAAUUCCUCUGGAAUGAAAUUUCUGGCUACGGAGAACUUGGACGUUCGUUCGACUCUUCGUAGCAGCUGGAAGCUAGCCAGGUACAUCACCGGCGAGUUCUGGAAUCGGUGGCUGAAAGAAUACCUGCCGGUCAUCACGCGCAGAUGUAAGUGGCUCCAGGACGUCAAAGAUAUUGCGGUAGGAGACCUGGUCUUAGUGGUGGAUGGGAAGGCAAAGAACCAGUGGAUUCGGGGCCGAGUCGAAGAGGUCUACCCCGGACGAGAUGGUAGAGUACGGCAAGCUUUGGUCCGAACAUCGACAGGCGUUAUCCGAAGAGCAGCCGCGAAGCUAGCUGUUCUAGAUGUCGUGGAGGAACGUAAACCUUUCCCUGGAGUUUCGGAUGUUCCUGAUCCUCACCAAGGUUUACGGGCGGGGGUAUGUGCCGACAAGACCCCUCGUUUCGGUAACCCAGGCCGGCACAGCGCUAUGCUUCCUGAUGACAGUGCGCAAAGAGAAGAAAAUUGA